AAUAAACUGGCAGACGAUAGUCAGCCUUCCUAACACACGCACAGAGUCUUGGUACAAUAAUGUUUUUCAUAGCAAAGCCGGGUCUGGGUUGUUCUUUUUACCGAUCCAUGCUAGUGAUCCUAACAUGUUUGUCUUGGGGAACUGUUUUGGGGAACUUCACAAACGGGAAUUGUUCAGGUUCCCAGACGAAUGCCACCACGAACGGCAUGACAAAUGGAACCGAAAAGGAAUCCCAGUCUGUAAGUAUUACCGUACGAAUUUUAUUACUAUACUCUAUAGUGAGUUUGGGAACCAAGAUGAAAGGCAGAAAACAGAAUUGAAAGGGAUACAGCUCAAUGUGAAAAAUACAAGGAGACCUUCGACGUUUCGAGCGAAGGCCCUUCGUUUCCGGCUCAUUAUUGGCACCACAAACCUCACGACAAUAGGCACAUGCACCAUGGCAUUAUAAUAUAUUGGAGCGGGUUUUUGCGGAGAAUAUUUAACUGAUACUAUCAUGAAUACUUAGCCUAACAUGUUAAUCCAAAACACGUCACAGUCCGUAUCUAUAUAUAAACAUAGUAUUUUUAUAAUUCAACCCGCACACUGCAAAAAGGAACUUGAACAUUGGUUAUACCGGCUUCGAGCCAAAGUGAACUUGCAAUGAUGCUUUUUGGCUGUAGACACGAGAUAUGUCAAUUGUUGAUUGUAGUAUUACUGUGCAUGCCGGCGUUAGCAGGUGGAAGUUCAUCUUCACCAAGUAUCAUGAAAACCGUGUCUUAGAAUCUAGUUCUAAUGCUUCUAAUGCGAGCAACGAAACAACAUCGACUUCGAAGGUAGGAUAUAUACUGUAGUAGUCAUAUUUUGUAGUCAUGCAUGGUUUUCUCCGAUCGUUUUAUUCACUAACAUGAUGGAAAAUAGAUCAUUUAUAGAUGCUUUCGCCCGUAAAAAUGGGCUUCUCGAUCGAAAAUGGCUUUGAAAGUGGUACUUUUAAAUACAGAAAUACUCCCAUGAGCGAUUUAUUAGCACAAUCACGCUCGGACUGAACACAGUGAUCAUUUAUCCUGCUCUAUACACAGUACACUGUCUAAUUAGGUUUAACCUAUCUUUCAUAUUGUAAAGUUACUCACUAACCAACCCUAUAUUACUAACGAAGAUUUUAGAUUCAACCUAAGACAAAGGUAAAAUCUUAUUCAAACAGGAACAGAUGUGUGUAGACUAAUUCAGUUAUCUGCGGUUUUCCGUCACGUAUGCGAUUAAGAUCUGCCUCCCCUGAACCAUAUUUACGACUGAUAUGUGCCAAGGUGCCUGCGGAGGAGGCAGAAUUCAGACUGUUUUCACAAUGCAAUAAGGCCAGUUUUUAUUAAAAACGGGUCUCGAAAAUACUCUUUCCCACCCUCUUUGUACUGGCUUUUUGUGGGCGUCAAACAAUACAUGCAUUAUAUUAUCAUUAUGUAGUAUUUAAAACACGAGAAGGAGUGUUUUAUCAUAUUUAAAACGCGAGACGCAGCCGAUCGUUUUAGAUAUGAUAAAACGCGAGUUCGAGUGUUUUGAAUAGCUUAAAAUACGACUACAAAAGAAUACUAAUUAGGAUGAACAAUUAUAUAACGAAUACUAAUGAAGAUAAGUUUUAUCAGAUAUAAAGUCACUCCACGUGACAUAUUAUGGCCGAUUUGCCACAAGGUUUACGAAUGUUUAAUGAGUAUUUUAAACAUAUACUAGAAGUUACUAUCGCAAGGAAAGUGCUACCUCACCCCCAAGGGAUCAAAGGCAGGGAGCAUGCGCAAUUUGCUGAAUAAGGAUUAAGAGGCAGUUUAUAUGAUCCGGCUUUGCCGGGACGAGAUAUGAGGCGGGAUGAUUUCGAUAUAUUGAAAUAAGUCACGAUGCAUGAUUCAUGAUAGAGAUGGAUUAUAGUUAACUGUCACGAAAGGUUGUUCAAAAAACUAUAAGAAUCUUCUUGAACUAUCUGAUCUUCUCUACAUUUGAGUUCGGUUAAAUUAACCAGCUUUUGAACUUUCGUUUAGCCUGGUGACUUAUUUCAAUACAUCAAAAUCAUCCCACCUUCCAUCAUGUAAACAGCCCAGAGUAUGCCCGUUCGCAGGUUAGGUGCUGGGCAUGACCUAACAUGCGAACGGGCAUACUCUGGGUACGAAAUUGCUAAUACGCCUGUUCAGGAUGCAGCGGAAAAGACCGAAAAGUGUAAUUUGAAUAACAAACACCUUGCGGCUAUUAGAACUGCAAAUUCAGAAAUCAUAUUCAGGGUUUCAAUACCUCUAUCAUUUUGAACACUAAACAGCAAAUCUAAAUAUAAAUGCCUUCAUGUAUAUCACCAGAAAGAAAUAAAGCUAUCCUUAAAAAUCCAACAUACUGAAUGUAAAUAAGCUCGUACUAAACUGAAAUCCUGAGAAGAAUCAUGCGAGCGGCAAUACAAAAUAAAGUAAAAUCGAAUCCAAAUCGAAUAAAAACAAAGAGUCGUCGAAUGCUCGAACUGAAGACAAUUUCAGAAAAAUUUUCACAUCCGACCGAAUGACAUGGAUUCAGUACUGUUUCCCCAAUAUAACUCGGCCGGGGACUGGGCACGAAAAAGCAAGAACGUCAUGUAACGUCAAGAAUAGUAAGCUGCCUCGCUACGCUAGGGAGCAAUUAAAACAAUAGGGGUGAACCACAACCGUUUACGACUAAAUUGAAUGUAUAUAUAUAAAAUAUACCUUUACUGUAAUUUCCACCCAAACAAGACUGUUCAAGGUUUUCUCGCUUUACUUAGGAGCCGAUUAUACAAGGAGAAUUUUCAACCCCGGCGUUGAACUCCGCCCUGUUGACCGGGUUGAAAUUUCAGCCCUGUCUGUAAUACAAAAGUCUAUCAAAAUCAAAUGCGCGAUUACAUGACAAAAUUUUCAACCCAGGGCCGAGUUCAACCCCGGGUUGAACUCGGCUCGAGGGUUGAACUCGGCCCUGGGUUAGUGAAAAUUUUGUAAAAAUGUCAUCGGUUCCAAACCAGGUCUGAAAUUAUUCAUGUUAUUCAUGAGUUAUGCGAGCAUGCGUGGUAGCGGUUAUUCAUUACAAGAAAACAAAAUGGAGGAUAUGGAGCCAACGCCGGGAACGCGUAGUAUUUCAACCCCGGGGUUGAAAUCGUCCAUGUAAUCGCAAAAAAUUUCAAUCCCGUUAACAAGGCUGAGUUCAACCCCAGGUUUGAAAGGUUUGCAUACUCUAAAACAUCCUGGCUAAAAAUUUCCUGGUUAAGCUAGAAUCGACCCUGUUUGCGGUAACUUAAUGUUCCUGCUUAAAUUUCCAGGUUAAUUUAACCACAGUCCUGGUUAAUUUUAUCACAGUCCUGGUUAAUUUUAUCACAGUCCUGGUUAAAUUAAUUUAAUCAUAGUCCUGGUUAAUUUAAUCACAGUCCUGAUUAAUUUAAUCAUAGUCCUGAUUAAUUUAAUCAUAGUCCUGAUUAAUUUAAUCAUAGUCCUGAUUAAUUUAAUCAUAGUCCGCAUUUGAUCAUAAUACUAUAACAUGUUAAUUUAUGCGCAUUUGAUCAUAUACUAUAACAUGUUAAUUUGCGCAAUAUAAGUAUUAAAUAUUAUUAUUAGUAUUAAUAUUUUCUAUAACUCCGAUACUAUAUAUGUUGAUAAGUAACCAUUGUUCAAAAAUUCCGCCCUAGCUAAAUCGAAAAUUUUCUUCUUGCCAAAAAACAGCAGGGAGUCACCUUUAGAGACAUGGACCUGCCUCGACCCAGGCGCUAUUGGCGCUAUGUAUUGUUCUAUAUAUGGCUUGCGUGGCCUUUGCGUGGGCCGCGUGGAUUAAUUUGAUCGACCAAAGCGCCUGGGUACGAGACAUGGAUUUUAACUGAUAUCGUACACAUCGGACGCGAUGUGUUAUCUAAAGUACAAAUGCAUCAAGUUUGCCAACUAUUUUGGCGUUUCGGUGUUAGAAAUCAGAACGAAACGUGUAUCCGAUUCACAGAAAUUGAUUAAACAUUCAUUUCUUAUAUUAUUCCUUACAGCCAUGGUAUUUCCUUAGCAAAGAAAAGUAUAGAAACAUCGUUAUCGUCGAUAUGUCUGUGGUAGCAACGGGUGCACUGCUCAACUUUGUUGUAAUCAUUGCCAUGGCUAUCGAUCCUCUGAAAAUACUUCGCAAAGGACCAUGGGUAACUAUUCUCAACCUGGCAAUUGCCGAUAUAAUUUCAUGCAUAUCGUUUUUCUUUUUAUCGGGUCAGCAGUUUUUCAUCCAAGAAAGCUUGUUAUAUUAUGACAUCACCUAUUUUGGCUGGUGUUUUGGUUCUUCCGCUUCGUUCCUAUGGUUGACAUUUCUCGCUGUACAAAUUUUCGCAAUCACAAAAUUUCCGCUCAAAAGUCGCUAUUGGUUCACCACUCUAAAAAUCGUAUUGGUUGACAUAGCAGUUUGGCUCUUCGCAUUUUUAUUGGGUUUCAGUCAGAUCACCUACGUUUUUUAUUUACCAGAAACGACGAACUUAAAAAUUUGGACAGCUCGUAUAGGCGUACUACAAAUCGCACUUGUCAUUCAAAUAGUCUUGAAUAUCCAAGUUGCGUUCGAGAUAAUUCGAAGUGGACGAAGCACUGGAAAUCCUCAAAAUGCCAAGCACAAGAAUAUCGCAAAGACUGUGAUCAUUCUUACACUGGUUCUCUUCCUCACCGCCUUUCCUUAUUUCUUACUGAAACAACUAGAGUUCUUGGCAAGACUGGGCCACUUUGAUCAAGGUAAAACAGGCGGAGUAUUGCGUUACCUCUCAUAUUGCUACGAACCAAUUGCCAUGCUAAAUUUCGCGGCUAACCCAAUUCUGUAUGCCUUACGUCUACCCGACUACAGGGAAACUUUGCUCGCUUUCGUUGGUAAAAGCAGGAGUAGUUAUCGGAGGAGAUCAACGCAGAACAUGUCGUCACAGUUAACAAACACGUUCUCUUUGAAAAGUCAAAGAGAAAGAGCCGCGUCCUAUGUCUGAAAAAAGUGACUAUGUCUGCUAAAAAAGUGAAAGGCACUCUGACUUGAAAGAGCUACCUAUGUCCUCACAACGCUAAUCAGCCGAUGUGACCAGAAAUGAUGGCAUGCUUGUUAUAUUUGUUGCAUUUUGUGUGUAGUGUUAUAAAAUCACAAUACAUGCUAUAUUUCAAAACCACCAUUGUUG